AUAAGCUUCAACGCGUCAAAAGGUCGCAUUAAUUAACAUGUCGCGCUAUGGCUGCUGCGUCAUCGAUCAACACGGAAUUCAGAGAAUAUGGAAGCUUCCUGCAUGUUUCUUUCUCCUUGCAAUUCCUUAUAUAUAUUCGAUCAUUCCAUGUCAUGCUCAUCGAUCGGGUCUACGUAAUUAUAUCACACUUCAAAGCUCACUACUGAACUUGAUCUGAAACACACAAUAAUCCAGAAGAAGAAGAUGAAGAUGCUGAAGCACUCGAAGAUAGGGAAGGUGCUGAAGGGUCUGUCAUUGGGGGCGAGAAGUUCAGGAGGAGGAAGGAGGGUCCCGGAAGGGCAUUUUGUGGUGGUGGCGGUGAAAGGCGAAGAAGCGAAGAGAUUUACGGUGAAAUUAGAUUGCCUGAGAGAUCCUGCUUUCUUGAGGCUUCUGGAGAGGGCCGGUGAAGAGUAUGGCUUCGCACAGAAGGGUCCUCUUGCCGUCCCUUGCAACCCUCAAGAACUCCAGAGCAUAAUCGACAAUCACAUGCGCUGCCGUCCCUAGCUAGGCGCGCAUAGGCAACAUCAAAGAUAAUCAAUUAAAAAGAUAUAAACUAUUAUUCAUUCAUGAUCGACUUGGACAAACAUUGUUUGUGUAAAUCGAUUUUCCUGCAUGUGGAUACGCUUGUUUAGUUUGUACUUUAUAUUGGUCGUACAGUUAGGUUUCAGGCCAUAUUGUCUGCCUUUUUUGGGAUCAAUGGCCAUACAGUCUGUCCUACUGUACGUUGAAGACUGAAGAGUCCAGUGAUUAGUUUUAUUUUGUUAUUAGUUAUGUUUCG